CUCCCGGUCUAGUGAACGGGGUAAGGCUAAUUAAUUCUCACCCUGCCUCUUUUUCCCACUUCGUGAAAGCUUGUAUCCUUUUCCUCACCCCCUCAUCCGUCGAACCGCUCGCCAUUUUCCACUUUGGCCAGCUUCUUACUGCACCACAUUUCUGCCGAACGGAUGGCCGCAGCAUCUCUCCCAAGCUCCGACUUCCCCGACGAUGCAAGCUGGUCCGCAAUGACUACCAUCCACCAGGCCACCCGAGGCCAGGACCACGACAGAUUUGAUCCCGAUGACUCUUUCCCGAUGGCGCGAAUAGCUCAGCCCCCGACCAACGGCAACGGAGGAAGCGACGAUGAUAUUACGGCGCCGCAAAAGAUGAUCUCGGCCAUGUCGGGUAGUCUUUUGACAUCGCUGCUCGUGACGCCCCUUGACGUUGUCCGAAUCCGAUGGCAGUCGCAAAAUGUCACCCCGCCGACGGUAGACUUUUCACGGCUGGCUAUGACCACCGACACCCUCAAGACUUUCAACACAUCGAACCUCGGAGUCACAGCAUGCUGCCGGGAGGUAUUCUUCAUGAACAACAACUCUGAACUAUGUCUCGCGAUGCCGAGAGCGGCAGAAGGCGCGGGAGCUUCUGCUGCUGCUGCAUGCUCUGUCGAGGAGGUUGAGCGCAAGACAAUCAGCUCUACAAUGGACGGUCUGAAGAAGAUUGCGCGAAAUGAAGGAUUCACCAGCCUAUGGAGGGGUUUAUCUCCCACAUUGCUAAUGACGAUCCCGGGCAACAUCAUCUACUUUACUGGCUACGACUGGAUGAGAUACAAUAAAAAGAACCCAAUCGCGCAGAGGCUCAAUGACGAUACCGCUCCGUUGGUCGCCGGUUCCGCAGCUCGCGUUCUGGCUGCAGCUGCCGUCAGCCCGAUCGAGCUCUUCCGUACAAGAAUGCAAGCGUCGACCGGCAACUCUACGACCGGCCAUCUCGCAAACACGUUCCGCGACAUCAAGGAUAUGGUCCACAGCAGCGGAUAUACUUCUCUAUGGAGGGGCCUGACCUUGACAUUGUGGAGGGAUGUGCCCUUCUCAGGCCUGUACUGGUGGGGAUACGAGACGAUCCGGGGUAGAUUGACGGAUUUCCGAGAGACCCGCCGCGGCCGGACUUUGGAUACUAGAGGAUCGCGAACUCAGUCGCGACGCAGGUCCCAGAGCCACGAAAACCACACGGAAACCAUGACGGACAGCUUCAUUGCCGGCGCCGUCUCGGGCGGAUUCGCAUCGAUAGUGACGAUGCCGUUCGACGUGGGCAAGACAAGGACGCAAGUGUAUCGCGAAGCGCCCCGUCAAGCGGGCGAAGCCAACGCGGCCAAGGCCGCUGCGGCCGAACAGGGCUCCAUGGUACGCCUGCUUUGGCACAUCUUCACGACGGAGGGCAUCGGCGGUCUGUGGAAAGGAUGGAUUCCCAGAACGCUCAAGGUGGCUCCGGCGUGCGCCAUCAUGAUCAGCAGUUACGAAGUCGGAAAGCGGGUAUUCAGGGGCGUGAACGAGAAGUCUAGGAGGGACGCGGACUAAUAUUGGAGCAUCAUCACUACUCAUUCCAUUUCCAGCAUUAUUGGGCGUUCAGCGGGCUGCUAUCUAUUGACGACGGGAAGGAAAAGAACCCGGGCCUGGAGUUUGCAUGCCGAGCGGCAUACGUCGCGGUUGGUUUAGACAUCGGGG